AUGGGUAGGGUUAUUCGCAACCAGCGUAAGGGUCGCGGCUCUAUCUUCACGGCCAACACCCGCCUCAACAAGGCACCGGCCCAGUUCCGAACGCUCGAUUAUGCUGAGCGCAAUGGAUACAUCCGGGGUGUCGUAAAGGAGAUUGUUCACGAUUCCGGUCGUGGCGCUCCUCUCGCAAGGGUCACCUUCCGCAACCCCUACAAGUUCAAGCACGAGACCCAGACGUUCAUCGCCAACGAGGGCAUGUACACUGGCCAGUUCAUCUACGCCGGAAAGAACGCCGCUCUUACCAUCGGCAACGUCCUCCCUCUCCACUCCGUCCCCGAAGGUACCGUCCUUACCAACGUCGAAGACAAGUCCGGUGACCGUGGUGCGCUCGGCCGUACCUCCGGUAACUACAUCACCGUUAUCGGCCACAACCCCGACGAGGGUAAGACCCGUGUCAAGCUCCCGUCUGGCGCCAAGAAGGUCCUCCCCAGCUCGUGCCGUGGUAUGGUUGGUAUCGUCGCUGGAGGUGGCCGAACAGACAAGCCCCUCAUGAAGGCUUCGCGUGCUAAGCAUAAGUUCGCUGCCAAGCGCAACAGCUGGCCCAGGACUCGUGGUGUUGCCAUGAACCCCGUUGACCAUCCUCACGGUGGUGGUAACCAUCAACAUAUCGGUAAAGCCUCGACCAUCUCCCGGUACGCCGUACAAGGUCAAAAGGCCGGUCUCAUCGCCGCGCGGAGGACGGGUCUGCUCCGUGGUACUCAGAAGACCAAGGAUUAG